UUGUCCUGGCGCGAAAGGCGAGAGUUUGCAGGAAGGAGUUGUAGCUCCAAGAAGCAGAGAAACCUGACGAGAACAAUGGCGGAUUCAUCCGAGUCGCAGCACAUGGCCACCAGCCCCAGCCGGGUCUCCAGGAGGGGAGACCUGACCUCCAGCCCGGGAAGAGACCUGCCCCCCUUCGAGGAUGAAUCUGAGGGUCUGCUGGGGGAUGGGAACCUGCCCGUAGAGGAGGAGGACGGCGAUGGAGAGGAGCUGAUCGGGGACGGCAUGGAAAGGGACUACCGGGCCAUCCCGGCACUGGAUCAGUACGAGGCGGAGGGUUUGGACUUGGAUGACGAGGAUCUGUCAGAGCUAUCUCCCGGUGCCCGGGCGGCCGCUGAAGAAGCCAUGAGGAGGAGGGAUCGGGAGCAGGGUCUCAGUGGGCGGCUGAGGAGAGGAUUGCUGUACGACAGCGAAGACGAGGACGAUGAGCGGCCAGCGGCACGCAGACGGCGCCUGGCCGAGCGGGCCGCAGAAGGCGUGGCAGAGGGCGAGGAGGAGGAGAUGAUCGAGAGCAUCGAGAACCUGGAGGACAUGAAGGGUCACACGGUGAGGGAAUGGGUGUCCAUGGCUGCUCCCCGGCUGGAGAUCUACAACCGCUUCAAGAACUUCCUGCGCACGCACGUGGAUGAAAGCGGCCACAACGUGUUCAAGGAGAAGAUCAGCGACAUGUGCAAAGAGAACAAGGAGAGUUUGGUGGUCAACUAUGAAGACCUUGCAGCCAGGGAGCACGUGCUGGCUUACUUCCUGCCUGAAGCCCCCACUGAGAUGUUGAAGGUGUUUGACGAGGCGGCUAAAGAAGUGGUGCUGGCCAUGUACCCUAAAUAUGACCGCAUCGCACACGAGAUCCACGUGCGCAUCUGUAACCUGCCCCUGGUGGAGGAGAUCCGCUCGCUCAGGCAGCUCCAUCUGAACCAGCUGAUCCGGACCAGCGGGGUGGUGAGCAGCUGCACGGGCGUUCUCCCCCAGCUCGGCAUGGUCAAGUACAACUGCAACAAGUGCAACUUUGUGCUGGGCCCCUUCUUCCAGUCUCAGAACCAAGAGGUCAAGCCUGGCUCCUGUCCAGAGUGUCAGUCCCAAGGACCCUUUGAGAUCAACAUGGAGGAGACCGUGUACCAGAACUACCAGCGGAUCACCCUUCAGGAAAGUCCCGGAAAGGUGGCCGCUGGUCGCCUCCCCCGCUCCAAAGACGCCAUCCUGCUAGCGGACCUGGUGGACAGCUGCAAGCCAGGAGACGAGAUCGAGCUGACGGGCGUCUACCACAACAACUAUGACGGCUCUCUGAACAUGGCCAACGGCUUCCCCGUCUUCGCCACCGUCAUCCUGGCCAACCACAUCACUCGCCGCGACGAGGGCGUGGCCGUGGCCGAGCUGACGGACGAAGACGUCAAGGCCAUCGUGGCGCUGUCCAAGGACGAAUGCAUCGGCGAAAGAAUCUUUGCCAGCAUGGCGCCGUCCAUCUACGGUCACGAGGACAUCAAACGAGCGCUCGCCUUGUCGCUGUUUGGAGGAGAACCCAAGAACCCCGGCGGUAAACACAAGGUGCGUGGAGACAUCAACGUGCUGUUGUGUGGAGAUCCUGGAACAGCAAAGUCUCAGUUUCUCAAGUACGUGGAGAAGGUGGCGAGCAGGGCGGUGUUCACUACGGGUCAGGGCGCCUCGGCCGUGGGCUUGACGGCGUACGUGCAGAGGCACCCGGUCAGCCGCGAGUGGACGCUGGAGGCCGGCGCGCUGGUGCUGGCCGACCGCGGCGUCUGCCUCAUCGAUGAGUUUGACAAGAUGAAUGACGCUGACCGCACCAGCAUCCACGAGGCCAUGGAGCAGCAGAGCAUCUCCAUCUCCAAAGCUGGCAUCGUCACCUCGCUGCAGGCGCGCUGCACCGUCAUCGCCGCCUCCAACCCCAUCGGUGGCAGGUACGACCCAUCUCUGACCUUUGCUGAGAAUGUGGACCUGACCGAGCCCAUCGUGUCCCGUUUUGAUGUUCUGUGUGUCGUCAGAGACACUGUGGACCCAGUGCAGGAUGAGAUGUUGGCCCGCUUUGUGGUGGGCUCCCACAUGAAGCAUCACCCCAGCAGCAAGGAAGGGGGCGUGGCCCUUGAAGAAGUGGUUCUGCCCAACACGUCCAAUGUGCCGCCCGUUCCCCAGGAGCUCCUGAGGAAGUACAUCAUCUACGCCAAGGAGAGGGUUCAUCCCAAACUCAACCAGAUGGACCAGGACAAGGUGGCCCGCAUCUACAGUGACCUGCGCAAAGAGUCCAUGGCAACUGGCAGCAUCCCCAUCACGGUGCGUCACAUCGAGUCCAUGAUCCGCAUGGCUGAAGCCCACGCCAAGAUGCACCUGAGGGACUACGUGCUGGAGGACGACGUCAACAUGGCCAUCCGUGUCAUGCUGGAGAGCUUCAUCGACACUCAGAAGUUCAGCGUGAUGAGGAGCAUGAGGAAGACCUUCGCUCGCUACCUGGCCUACCGCAAAGACAACAACGAGCUCCUGAUCUUCAUUCUCAAGCAGUUGGUGGCCGAACAGGUGGCCUACCAGAGGAACCGCUACGGAGCCCAGAACGACACCAUCGAGGUCCUGGAGAAAGACCUGCAGGACAAGGCGAGACAGAUCAACAUCCACAGCCUGUCGGCCUUCUACGACAGCGAGCUGUUCCGCAGUAACCGCUUCAGCCAUGACGGCAAGAAGAAACUCAUCCUGCAGCAGUUCUAAGAGGCGCCUCUGGAGGUGGCGCGUGUAAAUAUGUGUACAUGUUACAUUGUUCUC